AAAACAACUUUCAUGAAUUAUUCAGAUACGACCGGCGUUUUCAUACAAGGUCGAUGCUUGAGAGAAAAAAGCUGAGCGACGAGAGAGAGAGAGGGGAAAGCUCUUUGGUUCAGUUUGGGAGGAUACAACCGAUACUGCACCAUCACAGCGCGUAGACUAUUCAGUGGAGGUCUCAGUGACAUUCAUCACUGGAAGUGUAUUCGCUGCUCUUACUUCGCCGCUGCCACAUUACUUGGGCUGGCCUUUUCGUGCUAAGUGAAUUAAGUCUAUUUUUGAACUCUGGUUUCUGGAGGAGCGAGUUGUACACGAACGAGAAGAAAUAUUUGUAUGAAAAAAACGCCUAAGAAAAUUGUGACGCUGCUGGACAAUGACUUGAUGGGAAAUUUUGGUCCAAAAGAUGACCGAUUACAGGGAAGAUGGUAUGGAUUUGGGAAGUGACUCAUGUAGUCGAACAAGUUCCGAAUCAAGCUCCAACAAAGUGACACCAUGUUCUGAGUGUAAAUCCUCACCCAGCCUGGAUCUUGCCACUUUGGGGGACUAUGAAGCAGAUGAGGAUUAUCAAGAAUACAAAAAGAAGGUGAUAGAAGAGUGGGAAAAUGAGUAUGGUGACUAUUCAGAGAACAAUGACUUUGUUAAAACUGCCAACAGGAGUUUAGCAGAGGAGUUUCAAGAUGUAAAAGUCAUCCCUCCAGUUCCUUCUGUUGUUACACCAGGUGAAAUUAAGCAAAAUGGCAAUGUAGCACCAACUAAAGUACGUGGCAAAGGAAAUGAGACUCUUCCAAAGCUGCAAAAAGCAUUGCGAAUAUCAAGUAGUGUUGUGGCCACUUCAGGGACUUUUGUAACAGAAGAACCUCAGCUCCCAACCAUGGACUGGGAGGCCCUCGAGAAACACCUUGCAGGUUUACAGUUUCAAGAGCAAGAAGCACAGAAUCAAAACCAGACCCAGACAAAAGCAAACUUCACAUCUCAAAGAACAAUUGAAUAUUUCACAAUGCCUGAUAAUGUUUGCUGCUUGCAUGUGGAAACAGAUUUGCAGGCCCAAAAAAAUGAGAGGGAAUCGAUCCGACAGAAGUUGGCACUCGGGAGUUUCUUUGAUGAUGGCCCAGGGAUUUACACUAGCUGUAGCAAGAGUGGUAAACCCAGUUUGUCUUCACGUCUUCAGAGUGGCAUGAAUCUGCAGAUCUGUUUUGUUAAUGACAAUGGAAGUGACAAGGACAGUGAUGCAGAUGACAGCAAGACAGAAACUAGCCUGGACACCCCCUUGUCUCCAAUGAGCAAGCAAAGCUCUUCGUACUCGGACAGAGACACCACAGAGGAAGAAUCCGAGUCACUUGACGAUAUGGAUUUUCUUACGAGGCAGAAAAAGUUGCAGGCUGAAGCUAAGAUGGCUCUUGCUAUGGCAAAGCCUAUGGCAAAGAUGCAAGUAGAAGUAGAAAAGCAGAACAGAAAGAAAUCUCCAGUGGCUGAUCUGUUGCCUCACAUGCCCCAUAUUAGUGAAAGUUUGAUGAAACGGAGUCUCAAGCCCACAGACUUGCGUGACAUGACUCUUGGCCAGCUGCAGGUUAUAGUCAAUGACUUACACUCCCAGAUAGAGAGUUUAAAUGAAGAGUUGGUCCAGCUUCUACUCAUUAGGGAUGAGUUACACAUGGAACAGGAUGCCAUGCUGGUGGAUAUAGAAGAUCUUACCAGACAUGCUGAAAGUCAGCAAAAGCACAUGGCAGAGAAAACAACAACCAAGUGAAACUGAGAAACCCUCCAAUAAGCAACGAAGCUGGAGGAAAAAAAAGCUAGAUUUUACUUUGCUUCUGUGGUUGUAAAAUGCUGACGCUCAAGAUGGUGCACUUGAAGAAAAUCAGUGUUAGUCAUUGGUACUGUUUGAAGCUUUAUGUCCAGUGAUUGGCCUAUGCUUCCUGUAUAAUUUAUUUUAAUAUGAUUACAUUUGUCACUGAGUUGUAUCAGGCAUUUCAGUAAAAUGUUGGUAACUGAUAUGCAAAAUAGUAAAACAGCAGGAUUGGAAGAUUAUAAUGUAGUUAAGAGCAGCUGACUUCUGACUCCUUGGAUUUUAGUUAAACAGUAUUUUACCAUGGGCCUCUUUUUAUUCUUCACAGAUGGUAGUUUUAAACAAAUAAACUUUAUUUAAAGGUGCUAUUAAAGUCAAAGAAUACAUGCCUGCCUUGUAGUGAAGUUGUAGCUAUUGGUGAUUAGAUCACAACAGGUUUUCAACAUUUUGUAAAUGUUGAUGAACUGAUGACCAUUUUAAAGUGUGUUAAUAUAAUUUCAGUCAACUGGAUUCAGAAAUGUUAUCUGGAAAUGUUAUGUACAAAUAUGUAAAAUAAAAAAAUAAAAUUUGUUUCCUAUGAUAUACUUAACAUUUAUCUUGCUCCAUAUUCUAUACAUAGAGGCGGGAGGAAAGAGAGCAGCGCACCUGCGCAACCCUCCGGUGAAAAAUGAUAUCGUAUCUGUUAAAUAGGGGCCGUGGACAAUUCUGAUUUGAUGAAGAAUGGAUGUGAAAGCACAGAGGAACAUCUGGAGAAAUUUCUGAAACGCUGGUUUGCUGCUGUCGUUACUGCGUGGUCGGGAAUCUUUCGGAGGGUAGGCCUCGAAAUCCCUGGCUUUGCCUGCUGUUGGCGACCAAGGUUGAGGUCGAAUCGUUCAGACAGACAUGGCGCUCAGUACUCUGUGUCGGAGAGCUGAUCAGAGCUCGAAGUUUUCGGAUGACUCAGAGUCGGACUGUGGUCGGCAUGUUCUCCCGUCUGCAUGAGAUGUGGGACAUUUCAGAGACUUUGAACUUUUACUGUGCUCAUGGACUUCUUCAUCAAGUUAUGGUAUUGUUGCACUGUUGUAACUAUAUGUUAUAAUUAUGUGGUUUUGUCAGUUUUUUUCAGCCUUGGUCUGUCCUGUGUUUUGUGAUACCACACCGGAGGAAAUACUGCAUUAUUUCUUAAUGCAUGAAUUACUAAAUGACAAUAAAAG